AUGGCUCUCUCUAGAAGAAAUUCAACUGGAACCUCUUUACUUAAGAUAUACAAGAGACUAUUCAAAAAUCUCUAUCCAUUGAGAAGACGGACAAGUCGACUUGAGCCAUCUUGGAAGAGUCAGGUGAGUGAGUCCCAGUCUCAAACUCAACUUCUCUUCACAAAUCCAGGAUCUAAUGCUUUGCUGGAUCAGGAUGUAUAUGCCAGAGAAUGGAAGCUAAGACGUUUCACAACCCACCAAUCGGAAAGAGAUACAAAUUGGGCCCGAGUGUUGUCUGGUACCAUUCCCCAGCCAGAAGGUACGAGUGGGCUGGGACUUAACAAAAUACGUACUGGUGAAAGACACACCAGGAGAUCAGAAGGGUAG